GAAGAAGAAGACACCGAAGCGGAAGAGACGUGGCACAUAAACAGAGAGAGGAAGGAAGCAGCUACCUGUAAGUUUACUGAUGACAGCUUCUGGAGCCUCCUUCCAUGUGAAUUUGACCAGCAAGCUUAAAUGACAGUCAUACAACAAUACCAGAAGCGAACGGGACUUGAUUAAAGUCUAUGUGACAGGUGGCAAUGGGUCUCUGCAAGUGUCCGAAGAGAAAGGUGACCAAUUUAUUCUGCUUUGAACAUCGCGUAAAUGUAUGCGAACAUUGCCUAGUCUCCAACCACAACAAGUGUAUCGUGCAGUCAUAUCUGCAAUGGCUCCAGGACAGCGAUUACAACCCAAACUGCACUCUGUGUAAUAAUCCACUCAGUGCUCAAGACACUGUCAGACUCGUCUGCUAUGAUGUGUUCCACUGGGCUUGUCUUAAUAACUUGGCAUCUCGGCUGCCCCUUCAUACGGCUCCAGCAGGAUACCAGUGUCCCAGCUGUCAGGGUCCAGUGUUCCCCCCUUCCAACCUGGCCAGCCCAAUUGCUGAUGUGCUGAAAGAACAGCUAUCGUCUGUUAACUGGGCUAGAGCUGGUUUAGGACUGCCACUGAUUGAAGAGCCAAUCGGAGUUCUUGAGGAGACCACAGCUAAUGAUGUCACUGACUACACUGACUGGUCAACAUUUGAUGCACAAGAACAAAGUAAUGUUUACCCCAGCCACUCUUACAACACCAGCCUCGGCCCACCACCAAAUGCUGUUUCACCCCCAGCACAGGAAGAGCUCGGAGGUCCUCGUAAAAAUGGGGAUCCAAAUGUGCAGGAGCACUCUGUGAUCAACUUUACUACUGCCACUACCUGUGACACAAUUACAAUACACACAGCAUCAUCACCGAGAAAGAUCUACGACACACGGGACACUGGUCACAGCUCUGUCACACAGAUCGACUUUGACGACGACAAGUACCGGCGACGACCAGCGUUAAGUUGGUUUGCUCAAAUUCUCAAGAACCGCACAGGUGGAAAGCGGACAUCUCUCUCCUGGAAGCAGCGGGUCUUUGUGCUUCUUCUUGUUGGAGUUCUGGGAUUCUUCACGUUGAUAAUCGUUAUGGCUAAACUUGGACGUGCCUCAGCUGGCUCAGACCCAAAUUUAGAUCCUCUCCUUAACCCCAACAUCCGUGUGGGGAAAAACUGAAAACAAGCAUUGAUUCAUUCCUUCUUUUCCUUUCUGUAUUACACAACAUAAGCCUGUGUAGAAAGAGCUGGAAUGGGACUUUCCUAUAUACGGUUAGCCCAACAGAGGGAGCCGUUUACCCAACUUCAAUGGAAAAGACAAUAAGACACUACGCCUUUAUUAGAGUGGAAGCAGCUCCUGGUUCCAUUCGUUUCCAUCAGGCAGUAGGAACAUGCCAGGGCCCUUCAGACUAUGAAAAAAAAUCUCAACAUUCAGGAGCUGUGAUCCCAGCAAAGCAGCUUCCAAACUCCAAAGGUGUCCAAGGCUCGGUGCAUAUAGAUGAAGAGUCCACUAAUUGUUGCUUUGAAUAGCUUUUGAUGAAGCGGGGCAGUAUUUAUAUUUACAGUUCUGGCUAACAUUGUCAGUGAUCUUUGUAGGUUGUUUUUUUUUUUUUUUUUUUACAAAUUCAGUAGAAACUAAAGAAACACUGUUUCAUCUUUUGCUGACAUAUGUGUAAUGAGAAGCGUAACGUUCAGUAACGUUUGCACAAUUCUAAACUGAUUCUACUAAGGAGCAGUGACUGCUUUCAGUCAGUUAUGGAGUGGCCUUGUGCAUUUCCACUUCAGAGAAGAGGUGGCCCUCAGAACUGGAGUCAGAAAUACCCCACACAUAAUUAAUACACAACUAUUUAUGGGUGUCUGCAUUACUUCUAAAAUUGAGUGCAUUGCUUUUAGAUUUGCCAUACAUACUGUAUGUACAUUUUCCUGCUGUUUUUUGACUGUCCAUUAAAUGGGAAUACUACAGA